AGAACUGAUACAUGCACUUAAGCUGUUGCACCCGGGCUUGCGACCCGCGUUGGCGGAGUUAAAGUCUGUUAGGAAGCAGGAGGCGUAAGGGCAGUUUCCUUAUAACAUAGCCUUACCAAGCCAAAGAAAUUAACUUGAGGCGGACAGCGGAUGUAUUGUGGCUUAUCCUACUUUUUAAAAGAUAGCCUCACCAUCAAAGGAUACCGGGAGAAUCGCCAGUCCAUUAAAGAUGGCCACGAUGUCUCGACGCCCCUAAUAAUCCCAAGAAAGUGGCAAUUUUGAGACUGGGUGAUAGAAACGUCAUUGUAAAAUGUCAACAAACAACAAACUCACGUGGUGGAAAAGUUUUCUAUAAAAUCAGUUUUUUUUUCAAAAAAGAAAAAAUAACAGGAUAAAAGAACAAUGUCAGGACAUGGACAUAGUCAUGAUUGUGGUAAAGGUCACUCACACCCCCCUGUGUCGGACGCUGAGAGAGCAGCGGAAUAUAGUUUGUAUAAAAAAAUUGACACAUUCAAUGUAGAAUGUCUGAAUGAAUCUUUGGAUGGUUCUGGAAAAACAGUUUUUAAACCAUGGGAUCAACGAUUAGAUAAAGAGAAGUUUGUGGAAAGUGAUGUAGAUGAAGAACUCUUAUUCAAUAUACCGUUUACUGGAAAUGUGAAAUUAAAAGGUAUAAUAGUAAUAGGUGGACCAGGUGGUUUUCAUCCCAAUAAGAUGAGAUUAUUUAAAAAUCGCCCUAAAAUGACCUUUGAUGAUGUAAGUGCAGAAGCUGAACAAGAAUUUGAAAUUUUUCCAGAUCCCGAAGGAGUUAUUGAAUAUCCAACAAAGGCUGCCAGAUUUAACCAAGUAGAACAUUUAUCUAUUCAUUUCCCAAGUAACUUUGGGGAGGACCUAACCAGUGUGUACUACAUUGGACUGAAAGGAGACUUUACAGAGGCUCGCCGACAUGAAGUUACUAUUUGUACAUACGAAGCUAGAGCUAAUCCUGCUGAUCAUAAAACUAAUGCUUUGGAUUCUGUCAACAGUAUGAUUCAGUGAUGAACUUUUCUGUAUCAACUGAAGUGACUUUUUUGUUUUCCUGUGAUUUAUCAUCAUGGGCGAAGGAAAGCUUAUAAUUGAAAUCUAUUCUUUGUUGAAAUUGUAAACAAAAUUCUGAAGGAAAAGAGAGUGUGUUUUAUUUAUAAACUGCCUACAUGUAUAUGAAAAUGUGGAUUCCCCACCAAUGCAUAAUAAAACACAUCAAAAACUG